CUGAUGCAGCCCAGCAGUUUCAGUAUGCAGUGAGAGUUAUCGGAAGCAACUUUGCUCCCACUGUUGAACGAGAUGAAUUUCUUGUAGCGGAGAAAAUAAAGAAAGAACUUGUGCGACAAAGAAGGGAAGCAGAUGCUGCUUUGUUUUCAGAACUCUACAGAAAACUUGGUUCACAGGGCAUUUUGAAAAACAAAUGGUCAAUACUCUACCUCCUGCUUAGCCUUAGCGAAGAUCCACGUAAGCAGUCUAACAAGGUAUCGAACUAUGCGACACUUUUUGCUCAAGCGUUGCCGCGGGAUGCUCACUCAACCCCUUAUUACUAUGCCAGGCCUCAGAGCCUUCCAUUGAAUUACCAAGACCGCAGUGCUCAGUCUGCCCAGAGUUCUGGCAGCAUGGGGAGCAGUGGGAUCAGCAGUAUCAGCCUCUAUGCCCUGAAUGGGCCAACGCCAACUCCACAGUCACUCCUUCCAGGGUAAAUUAAACUAUUUUGCCUUGAAAAUAUGUUUGGGGAAGACU